GUAUCGCAUAGAGUACACCAUUUAUUGCUUUUAGGUAGUUUAAACCCAUAGUAUCAAAUAUGACUGCUGAUCCAUAUGCCUACGCUGAGAUAACACAAGUUGAAGUAGGCAUUGUCAGACAUUUUCUGAAGGGGACUGAGGGGAUGAGUGAAGAUAAACUUGUUGACGAACUAUUUGAACUUAAACAAUAUAUCUCUAGUCUUGGAAGUUUGGAAGUUGAAAGGAUCAUCGAAAAAUGUAAUGAGGAUGAAAAGCAUGAUGAAAUAAUUUCGCAUCUAAAAAAUGCUGAGUUGGAGAAUCGUAAAAAAUCGAAACAAGGCUUUUUUAGGUGGAUAUUUAAAAAAAGUGAAAGGGAAGACAAAACAGCGCUUGACCUGUCUGACCCAGAAAAGAGAAAGAAAAAAAUAAGCCCGAAAUCUUCUCGUGAACAUGACAAUGAGGAGCGAAUCAUCCCUCCCUUAACACAGCCAGAAUCACCUCAAUCGGCAUAUCAUGUGGAUAAUAAGGAAUACUCACCUGAAAUGUCUGGAAAUACAUCAAGUAGUCAAUCUACCUCCCCUAGAGUAGCUCCCUUUGUGUUUCAGACACGUUUGCAAAGUCACGAAGAGGAUGAAUUAUCACACCAGUAUAAUUUUCAGAAUACUGCGAGUAGCUCAGCUUUAAUCAACAGUGUUGAAUUCAAUCCUCAAAAUGAUAGUGAAUUUCAAGAAAUUUUUAGAAAAUUUGUCAAUAAAUUUUCUGAUAAUUAAUUGCAAUUCUUGUCUCAACUCUUUUCUUGCUAA